AUGAACUUACCUCUGCCCUCAUCCACUCCAUGCUCUCCUUCAUCUCCACCCACUAAUCCCUUCCCUCUCAUCCACACUCUCACUCUCCACUGCCCCUCUCCGCCACUCUCCUCCACCACCACAAAUUCCCAACUCACCCGCCUAUUUCGCCUACACGCAGCCACCAACCAAAUCAGCCCCACAACAAAAGGUCUCUCUCUCACCACCUCUACCACCUCAACCAACAAUGACCAAACCCUCUUAUCACUCCUUCGCCAAAGAAAAACGGAAGACGCGUGGAUUCUCUAUGCCCAAAUACCUCACCUUCCACCACCCACUUGCCUUAGCCGUCUAGUCUCUCAGCUUUCCUACCAAAACACCCCUCUCAGCCUCAGGCGCGCCCAGUCCAUCCUCACGCGCCUCCGCCAUGAACGCCAACUCCACCGCCUCGAUGCCAAUUCCCUUGGUCUUCUUGCUGUCUCUGCUACCAAAUCCGGACAACUCUCGUACGCUGUCUCCGUUAUCAACUCCAUGCUCCGCUCUGGCUACCUCCCCCACGUCAAGGCCUGGUCUGCCGUCCUCAGCCGCCUCGCUUCCGCCCCGGAUGAUGGCCCCACACAAGCCCUUAAGCUUUUUAACUCAAUUACGCGCCGUGUGCGUCGGUUCUCUGACGUAGCAAUGGUGGCUGAUUCGAGACCAGACACAGCAGCUUUCAAUAACGUGCUUAAUGCUUGUGCUAAUUUGGGAGACGGUAAAAUGUUUUUGAAGUUGUUUGAGGAAAUGUCUGAUUUUGGUUUAGAGCCUGAUAUAUUGACAUAUAAUAUUAUGAUUAAAUUAUGUGCGAGGUGUAAUAGGAAAGAUUUGCUUGUGUUUGUUUUGGAGAGGGUGAUUGAGAAAGGAAUUCCUUUAUGUAUGACUACAUUGCAUUCGCUUGUUGCGGCAUAUGUUGGGUUUGGUGAUUUGGAAACUGUGGAGAGAAUGGUUCAAUCAAUGAGGGAAGGAAGGAGAGAUUUGUGUAAGAUACUCAGGGAGGCGAAUUUGGAGGACUUUAAUGAAGACGAGGAGAAUGAGAUUUUGAAUUCAAGUCAAAAUGGGGUAAAUGUGUUUGACAAAUUGCUUCCGAAUUUGGUUGAAGUUAGUAAUAGUGAGCCACCAUUGUUGCAGAAAAUGUUUGCUCCUGACUCGAGAAUAUACACGACUUUGAUGAAGGGUUAUAUGAAGCAAGGUCGUGUGACCGAUACUGUUAGAAUGCUGGAAGCAAUGAGGCAUCAAGACGCUAGCAAAGGUCAGCCUGAUCACGUUACGUAUACAACAGUUGUUUCUGCUCUUGCAAAGGUAGGUUCUAUGGAUCGUGCUCGUCAAGUGCUUUCUGAGAUGAGGAGAAUUGGUGUGCCAGCAAAUAGGAUUACUUACAAUAUUCUGCUCAAAGGUUAUUGCGACCAGCUGCAGAUAGAUAAAGCGAAGGAGCUGCUUAAAGAGAUGGCUGAUGAUGUGAAUAUUGAGCCUGAUGUGGUUUCAUAUAAUACUUUGAUUGACGGGUGUAUACUGGUUGAUGAUAGUGCAGGGGCUCUUGCAUUUUUUAAUGAGAUGCGAGCCAAGGGAAUUAUGCCCACCAAGAUCAGCUACACUACUUUGAUGAAAGCUUUUGCUUUGUCAGGUCAACCAAAGUUGGCUAACAAGGUUUUUGAUGAGAUGUUUAAAGACCCACGAGUGAAAGCUGAUUUGAUUGCUUGGAAUAUGUUGGUUGAAGGAUAUUGUAGAUUGGGAUUGGUUGAGGCAGCAAAGAAAGUAAUCCAGAGAAUGAAAGAGAAUGGUUUCCAUCCUGAUGUGUCAACAUAUGGCAGUCUUGCAAAUGGCAUAUCAUUGGCAAGAAAACCAGGAGAGGCACUUCUGCUCUGGAAAGAAGUUAAGGAAAGGUGGGAGGUGAAAAAGGAAGGAGAGAGUUUUGAAUCUGAUUCUUCUCCCCCACCGUUGAAACCCGAUGAAGAGCUGUUGGGGACACUCGCUGAUAUCUGUGUGAGGGCUGCUUUCUUCCAGAAGGCCUUAGAAAUUGUGGCUUGCAUGGAAGAAAAUGGGAUACCACCUAACAAGACUAAGUUUAAGAAGAUUUAUGUAGAGAUGCAUUCAAGGAUGUUUACUAGUAAACAUGCAUCACAGGCCAGGCAGGAUAGAAGAAAAGAGAGGAAGAGAGCAGCCGAGGCUUUCAAGUUUUGGUUGGGUUUGCCCAAUUCUUAUUAUGGCAGUGAGUGGAGGUUAGAACCAGUAGAUCCGGAUUAUUAA